CGAGCGAUUUCGUUCCCACAGCAGAUCUCCGCUGUUCGCAAGCGCGCGCUUCUCAGCUCACGUCGUCCGGUGGUUCAGUUUUCGGAGCGCCAUCCGAUGAUCGUCAACGUGCGUGUGUGCCGAUUUCGAAACGACACCUAUUGCCUGCAGAACAGGUGUAGGAGUUAUGUGCAGGCACCAUAACGGAAGAAAUCUACAACCACAAUAGCCCCGCUCAUUGCAGCUCUCGUUCGUAUACCGUGCAGUGUUUCUAGAAAGGGAGUUGUACCCGUGAUGUCUGCCUUUUGUUUGGUGGCACAAAGAUAGGGUCAAACAAACGACACGUGCGAACAGGAUCCUCUGUUCACCGAAUCUCCGAAACGAUCACCGAUCAGGCUAAGCGCGACAUAUUUUCAUUCAACUUAAUACACAUCGUUAGUGCUACAGAACCGACGCCCUUCCGCUGAACCGUGCGUACAUUCCAGAACGCCUACUUGGUGCUAGUAAUCGUGUAUCACCGCAGUAGUACGAUCCGCUGUCUCCAUGGCUUCGCUAUCGUUACCACGAGUGCUUCAAAAUCGAAAAUCGCCAGUCGACAUUGAACGUGAACAUCUCAUCAAACAUUUGUAAACAAAAGUGAGAAACCAGAUUGCUUUUGCGAACAUUUGCCCCCUUUUUGUAUAAAAAUAUUUUACAUUACUGCCCGUACUUGAAACUCUUGGAUGCAGGGUUGACGGAUUUCAUAUUGUAAUUAUUUUACCACCAAACCGUAACGUGAAUUGUGCAAGUGUUAUCGGUCUUAUGAGCAACAGUUGUACAUAAACAUCGAACUAUUCAAUCCAAAGAAGAGAUUUGUUCCACCAUUAACACCUGAUACCGUCAGCUACAGUCAUGUCUUUAACGGAUAAAGAAUAUUAUAAUUUGUCUAUCAGCAUAUCAAAGGCACUCAACAAUGUGGAAAUGCCAAUCAAGGGGAAGCACGUUCGUGCUGCAAUCAUCGGAACAUUUCACAGCAAUGGUGGCCUCACGUUCUGGUCCAUUGCCAUUCGGCAACCGAUUCAAGACAAUCGCAUCGUCGCAUGGAAAUUCUGCCACUUGCUGCACAAGAUUCUGCGCGAAGGUCAUCCCCUAUGCUGUCGGCAAUCGAUGCGCCAUCGUGGCAUGUUGCUAGAGGCCGGUAAAUUGUGGGGCCACCUGAAUGAUGGCUACGGCAUCUGCAUCAAACACUAUACGAAGCUGCUCGUUACGAAGCUGGAGUUUCAUGAUCGUAACCCAAGGAUCCCUGGUAGUCUUUCACUACGCCAGGGAGAUCUGGAGAAGAUCGGCGAAGGUGAUAUUAAUAUUUACUUCCAGUUAGCGGUUGAAAUAUUCGACUAUCUGGAUGAUAUUGUCGCCCUGCAAGCUACAAUAUUCAAUUCCAUCACAACGUUUUGCGUUAGUUCCAUGACAUCGCCGGGUCAGUGUCGAUUGGCGCCAUUAAUCCCGUGUAUACAGGAUUCGAAUCCGCUCUACGAUAUGUUAGUGCGUGUCAUGUUCAAGCUGCACGCCAAUCUUCCAUCGGAUCUGCUGACCGGUCACCGACAGCGCUUCAAUACACUGUUUCAUCAGCUCAAGCAGUUCUAUGGUCAAUCGCGUAGCCUGCAGUACUUUGUCAAUCUGAUCACGGUGCCAAAGCUACCGGAAGCACCGCCCAACUUCCAGCAACAGAGCGACCUUGGCAACUAUCAGGCGCCGGUCGUAGUGAUGCCGGACACUGACCCAACGGACAAUGAGCCGGAACCAGUGGUGUCCAACUUAAUCGACACGGCUGAAGCUGCCCCACCGAUCCCGGAGCUACCGCAGCAUGAUAAUCACCAACAAUCCGUUAGCCAGUCUCCUGUAGUGCCGUUGGCACAGGUCAUUGAGUUGGAGCGAUUGAUUCAAGAGCGAGACGAAUUGGUCCGCCAUUUGCAAACCGAAACCCAGCGACUGUCAAAUCACGUCAAGGCGAUUACCAUAGAGCAACGGGACGUGCAGUCCCGGAUGGAGGAACAAAUUGUGGCUUUAAGGGCUCAACUGGCCCAACGCCAUGAUGAGCUGACGAAUUUACGCUUCCAGAAGGAAGAGUUGGAGUUGCGCGCCCAAACUGCGCCAUCGCUGGAACAACGAGCCCAAGCUGAGGAAGAACGAGCGAAAGCUAGUGAGGAAAAGUUCCAAAAACUUAAAACGAUGUACACGCAGAUCCGCGACGAACAUGUCAAUCUUCUACGGCAGAUGAAGUUUGAUCAAUAUAAGAUCAAUUGCUACAAGCAGCAUGGCGAAAUAAGUAAGCAACUGGCCACAUCCACCGAGGCAGCGACAGAGGCCCACAAAGCCAAAGCUGAGCUUCAGCAACAGCUGGAAGAGCUACAGCAGAAACAGGCUCUCGUUCAGAAUGCAUUGCAGCAAAGUUCGAACGAGGCGCGCCACGAACAAGAGGCUAUCAGUGAGCAGCUACAAACCAUGACCCAAAAGUGUGAAUCACUGCAAAGUCGAUACGACGAAAUGGAGGCGACCCGGCAGGCCGAAAUCGCAGAGCUGCGCGUUGGAAUGGAGCGACUGGAGACGGAAAUCCAGACAUUCCAGCAGGACCGUGAAACACUUUCAACGGAAAAAGGCAGUCUCGAGGAGCGGCUUGCCGAAAUACAGGGCGAAAAGGAUGAGCUAGCGCUCAAGUAUCAAGAGUGUAUUUCUAAGAUACAAGCCCUAGAGUUAAAGACUGAACACUACGCUAAAGAGGAAGCUUCCUUACAACAAAGCGUUAGUGCAACUACACAGCGAACGGAAGAAUUGUCGGAACAAAUCGAAAACCUUCGGAUGGAAAAAUGUGAAUUGGAACAAAAAUGUUCGGAACUGGAAGCAGCCAAAGAAGCGCAGGAAGCCGAAUUUAAACGGAACCAGGAGGCGGAUUUGCUUCGCUUCGACUCGAUGAAAACGGAAUUGAGCGAGCAGCUUACGGCUUUGGAAACGACCAAGGAUACAAUUUCCGAUGAGCGGCAGAAAACUUUGGAGCAGCUUCUAUUGUUGCAAACCGAAGCAUCACAAAAGCAGACCGAUUUCGAGUCACUGGUGACCGAUCUGAAGUCGGUGAUCGAGCAGAAGGAUCACGAGUUGGAAGAGCUUAACGUUAAACACCGAGAACUGGAGGAAAAGUAUCAGAGUCUAGAUGCAAAUAUGGAACGCUCAGUGGCAGAAAAGGAAGCAAUCGAGUCUGAUCUGCAAGAUUUACUACACCAACAGGAGGAAACGGAACGAAGGAUGCAAAGCGCCCAAACGAAAAUUGGUGAACUAGAGACGGCACUGGCCGAUAGCCGAAUCAGUGGCGACACUGCUUUGCGUACCCUGCUGGAGGCUUGCAUUAAAUCAUCGGAAAAGCUGACGGUGCGAGCGAUUGGCGAAAAUGAGAUGCCAGGAGCCGGCGGCACACCGACCUACUUUUUGAUGAUCGCAGAAGAGUUGCAGGAGGUAUUGACUAAGCUGAAAAUGGUACACGAAAACUAUCUGAAAGAUAACUCCACCAACGUUGAAUCGUUGGCACGCAAAGUUAUCAUCGGGGCUCACUUACUAGCUUCAGCGCACGUGCAAGGCAUGACCAUCUGCAAUAGAUCAGCGAACAUUGAAAGCGGCGAACGCAUAGCGGAAGAGAUUAAGAAACUGGGCCAGUCUAUUACCAGCCUAUUCCAAGCGCUUCAAAAAACGAGUGAAUCGGAUACCGUAAGCGAAAGAGUAACGGAUCUGAAAUCAAAGCUGGAGCAAGUUACCACAAUGAUCGUCGAUCUUGGCAAGCAGACAGAUGGAACAGAAAAUUUGGGCGAUAUGGUCGAAACGGAACUGUCCAGCAUGGAUAAGGCCAUUGAAGAGGCUGCGGCCCAGAUUCAGGAAAUGCUGUCGAAAUCGCGGGCUUCCGAUUCUGGCAUCAAACUGGAGGUGAACGAGAAAAUCCUGGACGCUUGUACGAGUCUCAUGCAAGCGAUUCGUAUUCUGGUGCAAAAGUCCCGCUUGCUGCAGUCAGAAAUCGUGUCGCUUGGCAAGGGAACGGCAUCGGCUAAAGAGUUCUAUAAGCGCAACCACCAGUGGACUGAGGGUUUAAUUUCCGCAGCGAAAAGUGUGGCCCAGGGGGCCAACUUCUUGGUGACGGCAGCAAACAAAACGGUGGCAGGAGGAGCGAAACAUCAGCUGGAUUUAGUUGUGGCCGCUCAGGAAAUCGCUGCUUGUACCGCCCAGCUGGUCGUUGCUAGCCGUGUGAAGGCACCACGAACCAGCUCCAACCUGACCGCUCUCGGUACUGCCUCGAAGAACGUAACACAGGCAACGGGCAUCGUGGUGGCCACUGCCAAAGAUUGCAGCCAACGGCUAGAAGAUUCGCAGGAUCUUGAUCUCGGUACGCUGACGGUACAUCAAGCCAAAACGAAGGAGAUGGAGAUACAGGUGAAAGUGCUUGAGCUCGAGCAGGCGCUCCAGGUUGAGCGUAUGCGGUUGGCUUCAUUCCGGAAGAAAAAUUAUCACCAACCGGCCGAAGAGUGAUUUAUUUUUUCGCCCAACUACUACCACCAUGCACUUUUCUACGAUUUUGAACUAAAAUGACGAGCAGGAAGAUGAAGGUUCCAACACAUGUGGAGGUUCUGUUUUUCAAACAACUCGGAACACGCCAGUCACUUUUAAGCGAAACCUACCAGAGGCCUUUGGCAGGACCGAGUGCAUCGAUUACGUUCCGCCGCGGCGCGAAAGCGAGGAGGCAACCCCCCACUCCCCCUACCCCAUCACCGAUGCAUUAUAGUUGCGUAUACGUAAAACUAGUGCUGUUAAUUUAUUAAGUUUAUAAGCGCAGCGCAUAAUGUUCCCCAGUGUGCUGUGCUGUUAAAAGUAUAGUUCAAUCAAAAAACGAAAACAAUAAAAAUCGCAAUCGAAACCAAA